UGCGCGCCGGCGCGUCCAGCAGCGAUUGGAACAGCAACAGGGAGUGAAAGUGAAGCUCUCCAAAGUGCCAGAGACCGUGGCGGCUGAGGAGGUGGAUCAGGGUUCGCCCCUGUGUGCGUCUCCAACCGCGCAUGGACGACCACCUCAGCCUCCUGCAAUCACCCCCGCCGAGCCUGACCAAAACCCGAGGCCACAACUUAUUGGUGAACCACGGAUACACCGAGACGGAGAACUACGACGCGAUGACGGUCGUGGCGUGUGACAACAUGCUGGAGGAGUCCGCGGCUCUGCCGGGCCACCACCUAUCCCUGGACCGGUACGAACCGGACCACGACUGCUGCGAGAGAGUGGUCGUCAACAUCUCCGGCUUGCGCUUCGAGACGCAGCUCAAGACUCUGUCACAGUUUCCGGAGACGCUGCUGGGGGACCCCAAGAAAAGGAUGAGGUACUUUGACCCUCUCAGGAACGAAUACUUUUUCGAUCGGAACCGACCCAGCUUCGAUGCCAUUUUGUAUUACUACCAGUCCGGCGGGCGCAUCAGGAGACCCGUCAACGUGCCCAUUGAUAUCUUUUCCGAGGAGAUCCGCUUCUAUGAGUUGGGUGAAGAGGCUAUGGAGAAGUUCAGAGAGGACGAGGGCUUCAUAAAGGAGGAGGAGCGGCCGUUGCCGGAAAAUGAAUUUCAAAGACAGGUGUGGCUGUUGUUUGAGUAUCCAGAGAGCUCGGGUCCCGCCCGGGGAAUAGCAAUAGUGUCUGUCCUGGUCAUUCUCAUCUCCAUUGUUAUCUUCUGCUUAGAGACGUUGCCGGAGUUUAGGGACGACAACAGGGAUCCGAUCACGAUUGCACCUGUGAUAAAUGGCACGCUCCCUUAUUUCACCAGCCCCUUCUCAGACCCCUUCUUUGUGGUGGAGACGUUGUGUAUCAUCUGGUUCUCCUUCGAGCUGCUGGUGCGCUUUUUUGCGUGUCCCAGUAAAGCCACGUUCUCCAAAAACAUCAUGAACAUCAUUGACAUCGUGGCCAUCGUUCCCUACUUCAUCACGCUGGGGACAGAGCUGGCAGAGAGGCAAGGGAACGGCCAGCAGGCCAUGUCUCUGGCCAUCCUGCGCGUAAUUCGGCUCGUGCGGGUGUUUCGCAUCUUCAAACUCUCGCGUCACUCCAAGGGGCUUCAAAUUUUGGGACAGACUCUAAAGGCCAGCAUGCGCGAACUGGGCCUGCUCAUCUUCUUCUUGUUUAUCGGUGUCAUCCUUUUCUCCAGUGCUGUGUACUUCGCCGAGGCGGACGACCCGGAUUCGGGUUUCAACAGCAUCCCGGACGCGUUCUGGUGGGCCGUGGUCACCAUGACUACGGUGGGAUACGGGGACAUGCACCCCGUCACCAUCGGAGGGAAGAUCGUGGGAUCUUUGUGCGCAAUCGCCGGCGUGCUCACCAUUGCGCUGCCCGUGCCCGUCAUAGUGUCCAACUUCAACUACUUCUACCACAGGGAGACGGAGGGCGAGGAGCAGGCUCAGUACCUGCACGUGGGCAGCUGCCAACCUCUGGCAGACACCGAGGAGAUGAGGAAGGCGCGCUCCUCCUCCUCCUCGCUCAGCAAGAGCGAGUACAUGGUCAUCGAGGAGCACGGGAUGAACAGCGCGUUCAAACAGCAGCCCAACUUCCCCACCACCACUCAAAACAACUCGCAGAAUUGUGUAAACAUAAGCAAAAAGGUUUUCACCGACGUGUAGCUUUUAGACUCGUGUGACCCUGAACACAGGAAGAUGAAAUAUGUAAAAGACACCACUGGAUGUAUCAUUGCGCACCAUGCGUGUGUAAGCUGUGGUAGAACAGAUAAAGGGAGAAAGGAACAGGAAAAGAAAAACGCGCAUCCUGACCAUUCAGAGAUGCUGCUUUGUGCUCCAUUCAAAAAUCGGGAUUUUUCAUUUAAGUGCCAUGAAUUCAUAAUUCUGUAGGAUUCCAUUCACGCUUGCAAAAAAAGAGAAAGAGCUCCUUCUUAAAGUAUUUGAUACUGUUUUUCUCACCUUGAGAGGAUUAUCCUGUUGUGCGUUGUGCAAUAGCCAUUCUAUUAUCACAACAGGUAGAAAUAGAAGCUUUGUAACUGUGAACGAUGAGUGCAAAUGUAAGUUCCUCGAAGAACACACACUGUAUUGUCAUGCGUUAAGAGUCGUGCUCCGUCAUGCCUAUAUGUAUAAUACUCAGUCAUUUAAAUAUGUGUGCGUGUUCAAACACAUGUAGAGUCCAAAAACACAGUUCAGCAUAUAUUAUCUCAACUAGACCGUUUUUGUGCUCUGCCUUAUUGUGCGUUUAAAUCUAGUCCAAAGUCUUUGAAAAAUAAUCCCCGUAAUUUCCUCGAUGUGUGCUGUCUUAUUUAAAGCGUAAACGGCGCCAUGUAGACACUGGGUCCAGUCCAGCGCCACUAUCUUAUUCACACGUGAGUGGAGAAACAAAACUCUUUUCGCGCGCACACACACAGAGAUCAAAGAUGGAGCGUGUUUCUUUUUGGAUGUCUCAAAUAUAGCCCGAUGUGAUGCAAUCACCAUGGUGACGGUCGUUCCCUCGGUAACCCUAGUCACCGUUGCUAUGGCACCCUUGUUUCCACAGUAACCUCCCAGAUGGCUUGGAAACUAUAUUGAAGAUUCUCAUCCGAGUGGCUUGACUCCAGUCUCUAAUAAGACUGUUUUGUCUGCACACCCCUCGUGCGUAAAACGCACGCGUU